UAUGAUCACAGUAAUUUGACACUCGCAGCAGCAGCAGCAGAGCAGCAGCAGCAGCUCCGCAUGUGUGAGACUUCCUCAAACAGAAAUUUAUGUAACUUAACCUGAAUUGAGUCAUAAAAACCCAGAGGAUAGCGGUUGUCACCGUCAGUGCCGCUCUGGGAGAGACCUCUAGACAUUCAGCUGAGUGGAAGCCGGCUCGAAGUUUGGAAGCAAGUGAACCAAAAAGGCAGUUCCAGCAGAUGGGAACCAUUGAUAACAAAGACUUUGUUAGCAUUGGCCCAAUAGAAUUUGGUGCCUGUGGCAAAGAUGCAACAAUGAGUUUGUCCAACCGCACAAGGGAAUCUACUGGGGAUGAAGCGGAACAAGGGGGCAAAUUCUUGCGUUCACUCCCAACCAGGGAAUCUCUCCGAUCCCCUCGGGGAUCAGUUGUAAGCUUCCACAACAUCCAGUAUUCCAUCACGCAGUCCCAUGGGCUCCCAUGCAAGCCGACAAGAGUGGAGAAGAAAAUCCUACAUAACGUAUAUGGUAUCAUGAAGCCAGGCAUGAAUGCUAUCCUGGGGCCAACAGGCAGUGGCAAAUCUUCGCUUCUAGAUGUUCUGGCUGCUCGAAAAGAUCCUGCUGGUUUGUCUGGGGAAGUUCUCAUAGAUGGUGUCCCACAACCUCCAAAUUUCAAGUGUAUCUCAGGAUAUGUCGUCCAGGAUGAUGUUGUCAUGGGUACCAUGACUGUGAGGGAGAAUUUGAUCUUCUCUGCAGCCCUGCGGCUGCCUGGCUCGAUCAGCUACCAGGAGAAGGAAGAACGGGUGACUCAGAUCAUCAAUGAGCUGGGGCUGAGCAAAGUGGCUGAUGUGAAGGUAGGAACUGAACUGAUCCGAGGAGUAUCGGGGGGAGAACGGAAGAGAACCAAUAUAGGAAUGGAGCUGAUCACAGAACCCCCCGUAUUAUUCUUGGAUGAACCCACCACAGGCCUAGAUGCCAGCACUGCCAAUGCUGUGCUCCUCCUGCUGAAGAGGCUCUCCAGAAGGGGAAGAACUAUCAUUUUCUCAAUUCAUCAACCUCGUUAUUCCAUUUUCAAACUUUUUGAUAGUCUUACAUUGCUGGCUUUGGGGAAAGUGCUCUAUCAUGGCCCAUCCAAGGAGGCAUUGGAAUACUUUCGUUCUAAUGGUUAUGAGUGUGAGCCAUUCAACAAUCCAGCUGACUUCUUUCUUGAUGUGAUCAAUGGUGACUCCACUGCUGUGGCAGCAACAAAAUGUGUUGAGAAAUCCAAGGAAUUGGAAGAGCAGAAUCACAUGGAGACUGAUAGUGAGAAUAAUGUGGCGGAAGAAAACAUGGAGAAGACUGUGGUAGACUUGCUGCAUGAGAAAUACCUUCUCUCCAGCCAAUGCCAAGGCAUGAUGGAAGAGCUAAAGAAACUGGGAAAUGGCCAGGCAAUCUCGAAGAAGAAGCCAAGGCAAAUGAAUCAAGUGACUUAUGCAAAUGGCUUCUUCACUCAGCUCUACUGGGUGUCCAAGCGCUCCCUCAAAAACCUUAUCCGAAGUCCCCAGGCUUCUGUAGCACAAGUCCUUGUUACCAUUGUCCUAGCAUUGAUUGUUGGGGCAAUUUUCUUUGAUGCAAAGCUUGAUCAAAGCGGUAUUCAGAAUCGAGUUGGAUCCCUGUUUUUUGUAACCACAAAUCAGUGCUUCUCCAGUGUGUCGGCUAUUGAACUGUUUAUCAGAGAUAAGAAAUUGUUCGUCCACCAGUAUACAAGUGGGUAUUAUAGAGUGUCUGUAUAUUUCCUUGCUUUGAUGAUUGGAGACCUGUUGCCCAUGAGGACCAUGCCCGCAGUUGUAUUUUCAUGCAUAAGCUACUGGAUGAUUGGCUAUCAAGCUGUGGCAGGACGGUUCUUCUUUUUCAUGCUGACACUGGUGCUCUUGUCCUACACAGCCACCUCAAUGGCCCUCGCUAUUUCAGCUGGGAUGGAUGUGGUGGCCAUUGCCAACCUACUUAUCACUAUUUGCUUUGUCUUCAUGCUGAUCUUUUCUGGCUUAUUGGUGAAUCUUCCCAGUGUGAUGGGUUGGUUGAACUGGCUGAAAUACUUUAGCAUUCCCAGAUAUGGCCUCACGGCUCUUGAAGUAAAUGAGUUUAGAGACCUAUAUUUCUGCGACAAUAUUACAGAAUCCAACAAUUGUACAUCUCAGCCUGGCCAAACGUGCGAUGGUGUAACAUACCUCUACAGCCAGGGAAUAGAACCUACCAACUGGGCCAUGUGGGAAAACAUUGUGGCCCUUCUCUGCAUGACGGUCAUCUUCCUCUUGAUAGCAUAUGCCAAACUGCGGUUUAUGAAAAAAUUCACCUAACAGCUGCCAUGCGGAACAGAUGGCAUUUAUGAUGACAUUAGGUCUUCCCAGGUCCAAGCAAGAGAACUCAUUUUCACAACUCACUCUGGAGGACCAUAUUGUACCACCUGCUUUUUACUUUGAUAUUUAAUCUACUUUUUGUAAAGAGAUUAUAUGGCCAGCAAAUCCCUUUAAUAUACAAUUUCACAUUUUUACACUUGUUUUGAGGCCAGCUUCAGAUAUUUCUCAGGAAGCUUGUUUAGAUCUGUGGCUAGUCAGUUGUUUUGGAGAGCUACUUUCAAAAGGGAGUCAGAGUGGGUCAGAAUCCCGAUCAUAUUGCCCUAAAAUGGUCUGCCAGCAAGUUAUAUUUCACAUAGAUGCCAUUUUCUCUACACCUAUUUUGCCUCUAGGCUGGCAAGUUAUAAAGGCAUCCACAUGACUGUGUGUGUGUGUGUGUGUGUGUGUGUGUGUGUGUGUGUGUGUGCCCUCCUCCCUCACUUUUAGCCUGGGUUUAAAAGGUUGAGGAUAAAGUGGUUGCUCUAGUCUAGUGUCAUCUGGGAUAGUAUUCCUGAUAGUUUGUAUUUCAUCUUGAUGGGCAAUAUUUAUGGAUAGCACUUCUACAUCCAUAUCAUCCUUUCCACAAAUGGAGAUUCACUCAUGGAAGCAGCUACAGAAGAAUAUACCAAUGUAAACCACCUCACCUGCACUGCAACACUCAUCUAGGUCCCAUUGGUUUCGAUGAAUGCAUCUUUUUGGAGUGGAUGUGCCCUUACUGACAACUAAUUGCUCAGAAUAACAUUGGACUAUGGCCUAUAUCUUUAAACCAUUAUUUCCCUAGUGUUGGAUUGUGAUUCAGGAUUGGAGACUUGAAUAGAAUAAGAAGCCUACAUCCAUAUUUGUACUGCCAAUGUAAAUGACCUUAAAUUAUGUUUACAUGUUUCAGUAAUUGGGGAAAUGAUCCUAUACUUUAAAAUGUGUAUAUUUUUGUAUUAAUAAUUUCAAUGUUUUCAAAUUAUAUUGCUUGAAACAGUGAUUGAUUGAUUAAGUGCCAUCAAGUCUGUGUCAACUCUUAGCGACCACAUAAAUAGAUUCUCUCCAGGA